AUGUCGAAAAACGUAUACCUCCCGUAUAGGGCGACAUCCGAGAAGGCUCACAUCAAGUCUAUGGAACAUUACAGGGAAAUGCACAAUAAAUCGUUGGAGUCGACUGAGCAAUUUUGGUCAGAAAUCGCGUCACAAUUUCACUGGGAAACGCCGUACGACAUCAACAACUUUUACUCGUACAACUUCGACGUGACCAAGGGGCCCGUGCAAGUCAAAUGGAUGGAAGGCGCCACUACAAACGUGUGCUACAACCUACUGGACACGAACGUGCGCAACGGGAUGGGUGGCAAAGUAGCUUUUUACUGGGAAGGCAAUGAUCCGGAAGACUAUAGCAAAAUCACAUAUAAAAAACUUUUAGAAGAAGUAUGCCGGUUUUCAAAUGUAUUGAAAUCCAAAGGCGUAGUUAAAGGUGACCGUGUCGCAAUUUAUAUGCCAAUGGUUUUUGAGAUCGUGAUUGCUAUGUUAUCGUGUGCAAGAAUCGGCGCAGUUCACUCCAUUGUUUUCGCAGGAUUUUCAUCCGAUUCUCUAGCAGAACGUAUGGCCGACUGUAAGUGCAAGGUCCUUGUGACAGCUGAUAGCGUAUACAGAGGAGACAAAUUGUUAAACAUUAAAAGCCUAUGUGAUAUUGCAAUGGACAAAGCCAAGAAUUUUGGCCACGAAGUUUCAACUUGUAUUGUAGUUCGUCACUUACCGCGUCUUUACAGAUCCAUGAACACAUCAAAUGGUACAAAUGGGUCUAACUCCGACAUCAUAGAUCUACACUCAGACGUUCCAUGGACUGAUGGACGAGAUUAUUGGUGGCAUGAUGAGAUGGACGAUGUAGAACCCUCUUGUUAUCCAGUCUGGGUGUCUGCAGAAGAUCCACUAUUUAUGUUAUACACGAGUGGAUCAACAGGAAAACCAAAAGGAGUGCUUCAUACAACUGGUGGAUACUUAUUAUACGCUGCUACUACUUUCAAGUAUGUUUUUGAUUAUCACCCAGGGGAUGUUUAUUGGUGCACAGCAGAUAUUGGUUGGAUCACUGGCCACUCUUACGUUGUUUAUGGACCUUUAGCAAAUGGGGCAACUUCAGUUAUAUUUGAAGGAACACCAUUUUAUCCAGAUAAUGGAAGAUACUGGUCAGUUAUUGAAAAAUACAAAGUUACACAGUUUUACACUGCACCGACAGCCAUUCGUGCACUGAUGAAGUUUGGAGAAGAACCAGUGAAGAAACAUAAUCUCGAUUCACUAAAAGUAUUAGGUUCAGUAGGUGAACCAAUAAACCCGGAAGCUUGGUUGUGGUAUUACCAACAUAUUGGUAAAGAAAGAUGUUCCAUAGCAGACACAUUUUGGCAAACUGAAACCGGAGGGCAUGUUAUAACUCCACUCCCGGGUUGUACACCAAUGAAACCAGGAUCGGCAUCAUUUCCAUUCUUUGGUGUUAAACCAAUCCUAUUGGAUGAAAGUGGUAAAGAAAUUGAAGGAGUUGGCGAGGGAUACUUAGUUUUCAAUAAGCCUUGGCCCGGUAUAAUGCGCACAUUAUUUGGAAAUCAUGAACGGUUCCAAUCAGUUUACUUCAGCAAAUUUCCAGGAUACUAUUGUACAGGAGAUGGUGCAAGAAGAGAUGAAGAUGGAUACUUUUGGGUGACUGGAAGAGUGGAUGAUAUGUUAAAUGUAUCUGGGCACUUGAUGAGCACUGCUGAAGUGGAAUCUGUACUCACUGAACACCCAGAUGUUUCUGAAGCUGCAGUUGUAUCAAGACCACAUCCAAUCAAAGGAGAGUGUCUUUAUUGUUUUGUUACUCCUAAUCAUGGAGUGACUUUUACACCAAAACUUUCAUCCGAGUUAGUUAAAAAAGUGAGGGAAUCGAUUGGGCCUUUUGCUAUGCCGGACGUUAUUCAACAUGCACCAGGUCUUCCAAAAACUCGGUCUGGAAAAAUAAUGAGAAGAGUUUUACGAAAAGUAGCAAUCAAUGACAGAGAAGUAGGUGACAUAUCAACAUUAGCUGACGAACAUAUAGUUGAAGAACUAUUCAAAAAUCGGCCGGAAAAAUCAUAA